CCAUAACAUCCAUCAUAGCAAGUAUUCUCUUCGUCUUCGUCUCUCCAUACCUUCGUUUUUGCCUAAUUAAUUAUACAGUCACCGAUUUGUGGGUUUGCUGGAAAAUAUUAACUUCAUGGUGGUGUACCUCGAGCACUAGAAUUUUUCUGAGAGAUUAUUUUCAAGCUUCAAUAGUUGAUCUAUUUAUAGAUUGACUUGAAGAAAAUUGAGAAGUUCUGUAUCAAUGUUGAAUAUGUUUAGCCCCAGGAAGCUACCUUGGGUAUCUGGUACAGAUGACCAGAAAAAGGUAGUUUUAACUGCUGUAGAAGUAGAAUCUCUUCGAUCAGAAAUUGCUUCUUUGGAAGAAAGAGAAGCUCAUUUAAAAGCUCAAUUAGAACAUAUUAACGAAAUACUGCAGUCUGCUCGCAUGUCGGGUUAUUUGUAUCUGAGAACGAGAUGGGAGGCUUUACCAGGAGAACCUCUUCCAAUCGAUGAUGACACUGAAGUUGAUGACUGGCUUCCUAAAUUUCUUGUCCUUCAGGGAUCGGGUAUUUUCUUGUAUUCAUCAUCCAUAGAUCUGAGUCCUCAAGACUCAACUCUCCUAUCUGAUGUUGUUGAAGUUGGAGCCAUGCCUUGUCUGACACGAGACAACGGUGAUAUUCGAUAUUGCUUUUUUAUUUCAACUCGUCAUGGGCUGAGAUAUGAAUGCUCUAGUGCUUCCAAAAUACAGGUUGAUUCCUGGUUGGCGUCAUUACAGAAUCAUUCUGAUCUGCAAUCUAACUGCACCACGCCCGAUGAGCUAACCAAGACUUGACAUGUUCUUCUGUCAGUAUUCAGUAGCAACAACCUGUAAAUAGGCCAUAAACUGAAGCAAAGACGGCAUUAUUGUUCACUUGGAAGUUUGAUUGAACAACUUUUAGCAUUUAUCCAUUAUUCUGUACAUAGCUUAUUUAACUGCCAUUGUCAAGUUACUACUACUAUAUAAAUAAAAUGUGUUCACAGUUUAAGUAUUUCCACUA